CGUCGGGCGGGUUGCAGAGGGAAGGGGUGCAGGUGAAAGCGAGAGAGGGAGGGACCUGUCCAGGUAAAGAGAAAGAGGAGGAGAAAGCUAACAGAAACCAAAGAUGACCGUGUGAAACGCAAUGGAUUCAAACUGGCCCAGCUUUUCCUCAAAAGCGCUGCACGUGAACAAUGGUGGGGCAAAUGAAUCAGCAAUGGAAGAAGGGUUGGUGCCCAGGCGAGACAGAGUGGACGGGGAGAGGCAGCGGGACAGUGACGGCAGAGAGACAGAUGUGGUUGAUGGGACGACAGCAGCAGCAGAGAUGUACCAUCACCACAAGGGGUCAGCAGACAAACACAAGUACAAUUCACUGGGAUAUCAGAGGCGGACCAAGCAGAAGGUUGUGACGGACUUUGCCACAGUGAGUAAAGGAACAUCUGCAGUAACCAAACCCAGAGCGGCACUGAGACAGGCCCUGUUCAACCAGGGAGCGUCUGACAAGAACCCAGUGUCUGAGGAGCAGCUGGAUGUGUUAAAGCACGAUCUGGAGGCCUAUUUUGUGCCAGUCAGUCUGAAGUGGACAUGGAACGAGGAAAGUCAAGGAACAACACUCGAGAAGAACUGGACGGAUAUAGUGCACUCUCAUUCAACCAUGUCUAAGAUGCAGAAGCACCAACAGGAAGCACUGUGGGAGUUUGUCCACACUGAACUCACCUACAUCAACAAGCUGAUUAUCAUCAAAGAUUUGGUCAUUGCAGCUCUCAUCAACAUACAGCAGCAUGGAUUUCUCCUGGAGGUGAACCCUGAGCUGCUUUUCUCCAACCUCCCCUCCAUCCUCAAUGCUCACCAGCUGCUCUGGCAGGAGGUGAUUUUUCCCAUGUUACAGGACGUCCGGAGGACGGGCCAGCCCUUUGACCCCAUUUGGUUAGAGGCUGGAUGCCUGCAGUUCCAUGAGCGUUUCCCGUCCUAUCAGCAUUACUGCUGGGAGGAGGAAAACAAUCUUGAGUUCACACGCAGGCAGAUGGAGAGCAACCCUCAUUUCAUCGUGUAUCUUCAGUGGGUGGAGACUCAUCCUCAGUGUGAGCGGAUGCGACUCGGGGACAUGCAGGCCAAACCCCAUCAGAGGAUCACAAAGUACCCUCUGCUGCUUAAAGCUGUGCUCAGAAACACCCAGGACCCUCAUGUACAGCACACACUCAGGGGCAUGUUGUCCAGUGUAAACAGUUUCUUGGAAAGCAUCAAUGACUACCUGAAGCUAAAAGAUGAGGAGCUGGCUCUCUCCAUCUCAGCUCAGAGGGUGGAGGGAUACGAGGUGGAGGGAAUAAGUGACGAAAUUGACAAGCAUGUCCGAGAGAUCUGCCGGUUUGACCUAACAUGCCCCAUCAGAGGAGUCGGCCCUGGGGUGGUACGUAGGCUGCUGCUGGAGGAGAACUUGAAGAUUCGGGACAGGAAAGACAACAAGCUGGAGGUGGUGGCUCUACUUUUCUCCGAUGUGCUUCUAAUGACCAAGGUCCAGAAGAAAGGAGAGCGGCUGAAAGUGGUUCGACCUCCACUGGCCCUGGACAAAACUUCUUGCAUUGCACUGAAAGAUGGCUGUUCGUUUGUUCUUGUGGAGGUAGGUGAACUUCAGAGUGCUAUGAAUGUCUACAUAUUUGCAGCCAGCACCUCAGAGAGCUGCUCCACAUGGGUCUCCGCCAUCCAUCAGGCGAAGGAAACCCUGGCAAACAUGAGAAACAUGGAGAGCAACAGACGACAGCAAUACUGGAAAACCCGGCAGGAGACCAACUCUAUUAAAGAGGCCAAGACGGAUGAUAUGGAGACAAAAGAAGAAAAAUUUGUUGAUCAACUUACUGAGGAACUCAUUAUCCCUCAGUCAAUAAAUGGAAUGUUGGCAUCUAAAGAAACAGAGGGACAUUAUCAAUCUGCAGUUGAAGUCACCACCAACAACACUGGAUUAACAUUAUGGCAGUCCCAGCCCAGCGACAGCAAUUGUGAACAAGGACGUAACAGCUUUGCUGGUCGGCAAAAAGCUGUGAAAGAAUAUGAAUGGAUAGAAAUGGGAGUGAGAGAAGAUCAAGGUGGGAACCACAUAGAGGAAGAAGAGAAAAUAGUUGAGUCUCAGAUGACUAAAGAGCGAAGGGUGACCUUUGACCACAGGGCACAAUCUACCCCUAAUCUGGAUCUUUUUCUUACUGCUGAAGUUCCAUUAAGAUAUAAUACAAAAGGACCACACAAUCUUUUACUAGAUGGACUACCGGAUGUUGACUACCCAACCAAUGAAGAUAACACUUUACCAUGUUCUUACCAAACAGCAAUGUCCAGGGAAGGGCCUGAGUUUAAAGAAAGAGGGAUAUCAACAAGGAGAGAUUCCCAGUCCGUGAACUCAGCCAAGUUACAGAGGAGGAGGCCAAUCAGCAUCCAUCAGGGACCGUUUCCUCAGACUCCCAAGCCGUUCUUCCAAGGCUCAGGAGAAGCUGGGCCUGCUUCAAGCAACUCUUCUCCCAACUCUGAUUUAGACAACAACCUAAAACAUAAGAGGAACUCUGGUCCUUUAGGCCAAAGCUCAGAUUCACACCGGGUGCUCAAACUGGGCUCCCUGAAGCCCAACCAAGGCAUGUUUUGGAACAUGCACGAUCGAACCUCUCCAGAUCCCCAAACAUUGUCUGAGUCUGAGCUGCCCAAUCUCAAGUUCAACAGCAAAAGGCCCAAAAUGAAAACCCAAAGGAGUGCUUCCAUUCCUAACAUUACAUUUGAAGGAGGGCAGGGACUUCAUCUGUACCACAGUAGCCUGUGCACUUUACCCCAAGAGAAAGAUUCACUAUGUCCCACCUCAGGACGUUUUCCUAGCAGACUCCCCUCACCUCUGUACGGCCUUCUGGAGAGAGCCAAAGAGAGAGAAAAGGAGCGAAAUGGGAAAACGGACAAAUUGAGGUCAAGAUAUCCUCCUCCCUCCCCCUCGUUUUCCACCACACCUUCACCACCGCCCAGCGAUGGAGACAGAGAUACAGAGUGGGAGGAGGAGGUGGAGCUGAUGAGACACCGAGCACUCACAGUGAGUAAAGGAUGGAAAGAGCAGCUGGUGGAUGGAGAUGAAGAUGAUAACAGGAACAGUGUUGCCUUUUCAGAAGGGGUAAAUGUGGACUGGCCGGGCUGGUGCUUCGAUGAUGACGAAGUCAUGGACCAUUUACAACCUCGAGACGAAGGGCUUCUGGAAGGCAUCAGUCGGUCUUUGGCCUUAAUGGAUUUUCACCACUUUUCAGAGCAUGAAGAAGGGGAGUGUAGUCAGGUGUAGCUCUGAGUUUGACUGGAUGUUGCAGCUCAUCCCACAGACCUUCACUCUGAAUGUAAGAUCACUGUACAAUCCUGUAAUUAAUGCAUAAUAAUGUGAUAUUUUUACAUACAUACAUGUAUAUCUGGUCAGUGUUUUGUGUAAUAUAAUGAUUUUUUUUUUCAUAAAUGACUAUAUUUAAUUUAU